AUCGGAAGCAGAGACGCACACACGAAUCUUAUUGUUAUCAUUUAUCGAAUUCUUAAUAACUUUAUACCUUUUCACGUUAUAGAUAUAGUAAAUAGACGAAACUUGGAAUACCAUUACAAUGUGUUUAAGUCGAAAAUUACUGUUACUACAAUGUGUUUUGUUACUAAUAUUUCGGGAGACACAUGAAAAAAGUGAGUUUUCCCAUCCUUUAUGGAGACAGAAAAGAUACCAGCACGCAAACAUACCGUUCCCUGCUACGGACCUCCUAUAACGUUGCCUUAUCUAUAAAACGAAAUACGCAGGUUAUCACAUUAGUGAUUACACCGAAAAAUGCAGAUAAUAACUUAUAAUAACUUAUAAUUCAAGUGAAUUUUGUGUAAAAAUGUAUAUGUCUUUUUGUUUUCAGCUCGCGUUUUAAUAAGACGAAGAAUCACAAAAUUGCUGUUAGUACAAUGUGUUCUAUUAUUGAUAUUACGGGAGAUAGUGGAAAGAAUGUGGAGAACUGAAGCACAAACCCAAAUAAUUCGAGCUAAACGAGAGAACGUAGCUAUUCAAUUGGAAGCUGCGUAUCGAGGACGGCUCAUUCGAGCGUACAACCAGGUAAAAAGACGUUUGGAUUAUCAAGUGGAUUUAGCUAACCUGACACGCACAGUACAGCAUAAAUUUAUGGUAAACUGGAUCGUAGACAAUGUGAAGUCUAGCAUUAACGAAAAGGAAAAUUUCAAAAAGUUAUUAUUCAAUACAUACAUACUGUAAAGGAAAUUAAUAACUGUUUGAAAAUAUAAAUAUUUUUUGCUUUCAGUAUCAACAGUAAUUUACAAAAAUGGUUUUCUUUAUAAAUAU